GUCUUCAGAUGGACACGCCUCUUGUCUCCAGUCAUCCUAAAUCCAAUACCCCAACCGGAACGAUUCCGACAUCAUAUGAAAGCAUUUCUGAGGGCAGGCAAAUGUUUAUUCUGAUGAAGACAUAACCUGAGAACUGGCGCAGGACAUAUAGCUCCAGCAUCCUCAUCUGAUUCCAGGAAUGACAUUUGGCCAGUGAUGCAGUGGGGAAAAUGCAUGCAGCCUCAUUUCUCACAGAGACAGUGCUGUAAGGGACAGCUUGAGAUUUAUUUGGCCAAAUAAAUCCGGCCUGUUAUUCGUUUAAUUACUUAUUCAUUAUUUUUAGUGGGAAUAUGUCGUUGCUCUGCGUUUAUACUCGUACCAAGAGAUACGCAUGAUAUCGUGUUGGAAUUAUAAAUAAUAGGAAACAGACGCAACACGUUGCUGGCUGGUCAUCAGGAGCUCAAGGUGUCAUUCAGUCUUCAUUCAUGGGAUGACGUCUCAGAGCGUGUCCUGUCACAACUCCCCCUGCCCCAUCUCCUGUGUCCUUCUCAUCUGCCCAUCUGUGGGGUCCUGACGCCAGCAGGGGCUCAUGAGACGCUUUGUGUACUGUAAGGUGGUGCUGACCACCUCUCUGGUCUGGGUGCUAGUGGAUGUCUUCCUUCUGUUGUACUUCAGUGAGUGCAACAAAUGUGAUAACAAGAAGGACCACUCACUCCUGCCUGCGCUCAGAGCGGUGAUGUCGCGCACCCAUGAGGUUCCAGGUGAAAUGGGGAAGGCUGUGAUUGUUCCCAAAGAAGAUCAGGACAAGAUGAAAGAGCUCUUUAAAAUCAAUCAGUUCAACCUGAUGGCCAGUGACAUGAUCGCGCUCAACAGGAGUCUACCAGAUGUCAGGCUGGACGGCUGUAAGACGAAGACAUACCCCGAUGACCUUCCAAACACCAGCAUUGUGAUCGUGUUUCAUAAUGAGGCAUGGAGUACACUCCUAAGAACCAUACACAGCGCCAUAAACCGCUCGCCCAGAUACCUGCUGCAUGAGAUACUGCUGGUGGAUGAUGCCAGCGAGAGAGAUUUUCUAAAGAAGAAAUUGGAAGACUAUGUUACAACUCUGGAGGUUCCAGUACGAAUUUUGAGGAUGGAACAGCGAUCUGGUUUGAUUCGAGCACGGCUGAGGGGGGCAGCUGCCACGCGAGGUCAGGUCAUCACCUUCCUAGACGCCCACUGUGAGUGCACUGUAGGAUGGCUAGAACCGCUGCUGGCCCGAAUCAAAGAGGACAGGAGGGCUGUGGUCUGCCCUAUCAUUGAUGUCAUCAGUGAUGAGACAUUCGAGUAUAUGGCUGGCUCAGAUAUGACCUACGGGGGAUUCAACUGGAAACUCAACUUUAGAUGGUAUCCAGUUCCUCAGAGAGAGAUGGAUCGACGCAAGGGGGACCGGACCCUUCCUGUUAGAACUCCCACGAUGGCAGGAGGUCUGUUCUCAAUUGACCGAACUUAUUUUGAAGAGAUCGGCACUUAUGACUCAGGAAUGGACAUAUGGGGAGGGGAAAAUCUUGAGAUGUCUUUUCGGAUCUGGCAGUGUGGAGGAUCUCUAGAGAUAGUUACAUGUUCUCAUGUAGGGCAUGUAUUCCGGAAGGCCACACCAUACAGCUUUCCUGGUGGAACUGGUCAGGUGAUCAACAAGAACAACAGACGACUGGCUGAAGUCUGGAUGGAUGAGUUCAAAGAUUUUUUCUACAUCAUCUCGCCAGGUGUGGUUCGAGUGGAUUAUGGGGAUGUUUCUUCUCGGAAAGCUUUGAGGGAAACUCUGAAGUGUAAACCCUUCUCAUGGUACCUGGAGAACAUCUACCCCGACUCUCAGAUUCCACGGAGAUAUUACUCACUCGGGGAGAUCAGAAAUGUUGAGACAAAUCAGUGUGUGGAUAACAUGGGCCGUAAAGAGAAUGAAAAGGUUGGCUUCUUCAACUGUCAUGGAAUGGGCGGCAACCAGGUGUUCUCAUAUACUGCUGACAAAGAGAUCCGUACUGAUGACCUGUGUCUGGAUGCAUCGCGGCUUAAUGGACCUGUUGUUAUGCUGAAGUGCCACCACAUGAAAGGAAACCAGAUGUUUGAAUAUGAUGCAGAGCGGCUGACUCUGCUCCAUGUGAAUAGUAACCAGUGUCUGGACAUGCCUUCUGAAGAGGAUAAGAUGGUUCCCACUCUCAGAGACUGUAGCGGCAGGCGGUCACAGCAGUGGAUUCUGAGGAACAUGAGUCUGACUGUCUGACAGAGCCAGCAACAACCAGAUCAGACCCGAAUCUCGGCACUCACCACACAACACGAGUCCUGGAGUCAGGUUUAUGGCCUUCUUCACAGCUCUGUGAACUGUCAUUUUCUGGUUCAUGAUCAAGUCCAUCCAGGCUUUGAUCAGAAGAACCACACACAGCCCAUUUACUGACCCAUUUGUGGCUCAGGCUUGUGUCUCUGUUUAUGUCUGGACUGCAUCCUUUAGCUUUCAGAUUCACUGGUCUAGGGUCAGAUCACAGCCCAUGACCAGCUUGGCAAGGUUUAAACACAUGCUGUCUCUGAUAUGAGCAUGUGUCACUGGCUAUCUAUGCUGCUCAUCCUGUGUGGGAGUUCUGAUGCCUCUUAAUAUCCUACACGUCAUAUCUUUGACAGUAGCCCAUAUGUUUCUUCAGAGAUGGAGUGAUUGUGUCAGCCUCCACUGUGCUGAAGUGCAUUUAACACUGGGCAGAAUCCUUAGCUCCACUUUCUUUACAGCACCUGAAGGGAUUGUGUGUUUGUCAGUGGAUUAUAUGGCGACUGUAUUACUUGCUGCUGUUUCUCAAAACUAUCUUGAUCUCUUUCAGCGAGGCUGCAAUAUAUACUUGACCUGCCUUAAGGAAACUUGAUCAGAAAAGCACAUUUGCUUUUUGUUUUGUUUGUUUGUUUGUUUCAUGAACAGUGCUGGGUAGUAACUUGGAUAUGUAAUUUGGAUUACGUAAUCAGAUUAAAAAAAACUAAUACUUGUAUUUAGAUUAUAGUGCAUUUUAAAAUAUUCAUAAUCAGAAUACAAUUACUUUUUUACUGAUUACAUUACUUAAUAUUCACAAAAUAGCAGUAAAUUAUUCAGAAUUAAUUGAUUCUCCCUAAUUCUUCUUUUUUAUCUUUCAAAUUUUCCUUUUUCAAAAGUUUUGUGGAAUUGUACACACAGACCGGCUAUGGGUCAGGCAACUAUAAUUACAUGGAAAAUUGAGAGGCCACAGAGCAUAAACAAAUAAAACAUAUAAUCUUUUUUAGUUAGUGUGGUUUUUUUUUUUUUUUUUUUUUUUCAGAUUAUUUAUUUCUUAUAUUUUAACUUUUUUAUGAUUUAAUUAAUUAUUAGCUUUUCAUAAAUUUGUGAACCCUCUGCAGUUUCUUCCUAAACCCUAGUUUAGUAAACCCUGACACAAUGUAAAGUUUAAAGAUUAAAGAUUAUACUAUUCAAACCAAUGUUAUAAAAAAAAAAAGUUAGGUCAAAAUUAGUCAAAGUAGUGUAAUGUGUAAUGUAAUAGAUUAUGUUACUGACUACAAAUUUUAUCAUGUAAUUUGUAAUCAGUAAAUGAAUUAAAUUUGUAAUCACAAAAAGUAAUCUUCCCAGCACUGUUCAUGUUUUUUUUUUUAACAGCAGCUCAUUUUGAAGUUGCAUCUCAUCAUAAUGCAUAGUAUAGUUUAUGUGAUUUAUGGGUGUAUGAUGUGUGUUGUGUUUAGUUUAUCUGAAAUUAGUUGGAUAAUAAAAUCUUGGAAAUUUUACAUUUUCAUAAUAAAAUUGAACCAUAUCACAUUUCAUCAGGUUCACAUGGGGAAAAGUGGUUUCAUAUUUAACCCCAAAACAGCAGCAUCUCACAGGCAAAACUAAGACAAAUCAUUUGAAGCCCCACCAUCAUCAUAUCCAUAACCACAGGUGUGUGUGACUGAUAGAUGUUCCUGGACACACAACUGUACAAAUUAUGAACUAGACCUUUUUGAGCAUUGAUGUACAUAUUAAAGCAAAUAUUUUUUUAAGAUGAAAUCUAAAAACUCCAGUAGAAAAAUUGAUACUGCUGUGAUACUGCUUGCUGUAUAUAAAAUAUGUUUGAAAAUUACUGUACAGCUUUAUUCCACUGCUACUGUAUGUACACAUCUUAUGCAUCCACCAUGUAUUGUCAAUGUUCUAAUAAUGUCUGUUUAACUCACACACACACACACACACAUACACACAAAAAAAUGUAACUUUAAUAAUAUUGAUUCUUGAAUUUGGGGGUUCAAGGGUUUGUGAAUUUAGUUAUUAAACAUGCACACAAUUGAGAGAGGUGUUAUAAAACUAUAUCUCAAUUAUUAAUAUGAGCUAUCACAUGCAUGGUACAGUCUGACUCUGUACAUUUCUGUAUUUUUUUAAUCUUCAUAAAACCAGAAAAUGUGUGACUUUGUACUUGUCUUAAUGUUAACUGUUUGUACUUUCUUUUUCUUUUUCUUUUUUUGUUACAACUUUUAUUGUCUCAACUGACCUCAUGUUUAAUAGAUUAAUGUAAUAGAACUGUUAACUGUAAUAAACCAAUGUUGUUAAAUGUAUCACCUUCUUAUUCAUAAUAUUAGCACAGCACUACUA